AUGUCGGAUUACGGUAAUUCUAUUAAGGACUCAAUAACUGCCGUUCCAUUCCAUUCCUAUAGCGAGAAUCUGAUGCGUCCAUUGCCCAUCGAUCUCUCUUCGGAAUUCAUUCAACAGUGCAGUGCUGAUUUCUACCAGAAUGAGCCAGAGAAUGUCACCGACUUCUGCCGUGACAAGAUCUUCUCACUGACGACGGAAUUCAAUGCGGCUGCCUUCUCGUGCGACUGUAACCCUAAGGGUUCUGAAUCGUUCUGUUGCGAUGAAUACGGUGGACAAUGCAAAUGCAAGGCCAACAUCAUCGGCCGUCGUUGUGAACGAUGUGCUCCUGGUUAUUACAACUAUCCGGAUUGUAUC